AUGGCUCUUAUCAUUAGUGCUGCAGAAUUUCCAAGACCGCAUCACCUCCGUUCCUCCGCAACUCUCUCCGCAUGCCUCAAUCUCUCCCCUCCCUCCCUCUGCCUUCUCUUCCUCCCUGCGCCUCUUUCAUCGCUCAGCGUGGACCACGACCCCAACCGCUACCCGUCGCGCAUCGCCAUGGCCGAGUGCCUCUGCACGGGCUGCGUGGAGCCGAGCGCCGGGGCGUUCGAGCGCUCCCUCGUCUCCGUGCCCGUCGUGUACCGCAUGCGCGCCCUCUACCGGCGGGCCUGCGACCCCGCGUCGCGCCUCUACGACUACGAGCGCCGCUGGGUGGACGUGCCGCUCGCCUGCACCUGCGUCGUCGCCAAGAUAGCCCCGGAGCUGCCGGCGUCUUAGACCUGCCGAAGAAACCUGCCUGUUGCCUUCACCCUACCAGGGACCACCGGUUGCCUUCACCCUACCAGGGACCACCGGUUGUCUUAACCCUACCAGGGACCACCGGUUGUCUUAACCCUACCAGAGACAACCGGUUGUCUUAACCCUACCAGAGAACCACCGGUUGUCUUAACCCUACCAGAGAACCACCGGUUGUCUUAACCCUACCAGAGAACCACCGGUUGUCUUAACCCUACCAGAGACAACCGGUUGUCUUAACCCUACCAGAGAACCACCAGUUGUCUUAGCCCUACCAGGGACCACCGGUUGCCUUCACCCUACCAGGGACCACCGGUUGUCUUAGCCCUACCAGAGAACCACCGGUUGUCUUAAGCCUACCAGAGACCACCGGUUGUCUUAACCCUACCAGGGACCACCGGUUGUCUUAAGCCUACAAGAGACCACCGGUUGUCUUAACCCUACCAGAGAAACACCGGUUGUCUUAGCCCUACCAGAGAACCACCGGUUGUCUUAGCCCUACCAGAGACUACCGGUUGUCUUAGCCCUACCAGAGACCACCGGUUGUCUUAACCCUACCAGAGACCACCGGUUGUCUUAGCCCUACCAGAGAACCACCGGUUGUCUUAGCCCUACCAGAGACCACCGGUUGUCUUAGCCCUACCAGAGAACCACCGGUUGUCUUAACCCUACCAGAGAACCACCGGUUGUCUUAGCCCUACCAGAGACCACCGGUUGUCUUAGCCCUACCAGAGACCACCGGUUGUCUUAGCCCUACC